GUCAAAAACUCCAUGUUCCCAUGUCUCAUAUGUUGGUAGCUUCGUAGAGGCAGCCUCAGUUGGAUACUGCUCACGUAGUGCCCAAUUUACUAUUUUUGUGUGUGUGUGUGUGACCACCAUUAAACUAUUUUUCUUAGUGCUAAUAAAGUAUAUGCAACAUCCUCUUUUUCUAUUUUGUUUAUCCCCUUUUCUUCUCUUACCUCUUCUUCUUCACCAGUUCUUUUUUUCUCUCUCUGGUUUGUUGAACUGCAUUUAAUGUUGGGGUUUGAGUCCGGAUGAGAAAGAUAGAGACUUGUAGUAAAUACUGAUUCAUACAGAUGAUGAUAUUUCUGAAAAAUAAUGUUUCUUGGCUCUGACCCACUUUACCUUUCUUGAUCUACUUAUCUUAUCUAUGAAAUUCUUGGUUUCUUGAUGAUGCUGUUGUUGUUCUUGUUCUUGUUUUAAGGAUUCUAAAAGAAGUUAUGGAGCUUUGAUUAUCCUAGAGCACUAUGCAGCUGUAACUAUUUGUCAAGCUUUCUUUAGGAUACUGGAAGAUUGUAUGAUAUGAAAGAGUUAAUAGGCCAGUAACAUUUAUUUAUGGUGUUUGGCCUUUGACCUAACAGUUUCAAGUUCAGAUGUCGUUCCGCAGUAUAGUUCGUGAUGUAAGAGAUAGUAUUGGUAGCUUAUCAAGGCGAAGCUUCGAUUUAAGGCUGUCUGGUCAUCAUAGGGACAAAUCACAUGGUUCAUUUUAUGACUUAAGUGACCAGCCUCCUGUUAUCCAAGAUAGUUGUUGGGCCAAUCUUCCUCCAGAGCUACUUUUUGAUGUAGUUAGAAGGUUAGAGGAGAGUGAGAGCACAUGGCCCGGUCGUAAGCAUGUUGUAGCAUGUGCUGCAGUCUGUAGGUCAUGGAGGAGUAUGUGCAAAGACAUUGUUAGAAAUCCGGAAUUUUGUGGAAAGCUAACUUUUCCCGUUUCCCUAAAGCAGCCUGGGCCUCGUGAUGGAACUAUUCAGUGCUUCAUCAAGCGGGAUAAAUCUAAUUUGACUUACCAUCUUUUCUUGUGUCUUAGUCCUGCAUUGUUGGUUGAGAAUGGAAAGUUCCUUCUCUCUGCAAAAAGAACUAGACGUACGACUUGCACAGAGUAUGUUAUCUCAAUGGAUGCAGAAAACAUCUCUAGAUCAAGCAACACCUAUAUUGGAAAAUUAAGAUCGAAUUUUCUAGGUACAAAAUUCAUUAUAUAUGACACACAGCCUCCUCACACCGGUGCACAUGUCCCUCCUCCGGGGCGCACAAGCCGUAGAUUCACUUCCAAGAAAGUCUCUCCUAAAGUCCCAACUGGAAGCUAUAUCAUAUCCCAGAUCACUUACGAGCUGAAUGUGCUUGGAACACGGGGUCCACGGAGAAUGCACUGCGUCAUGCACUCAAUUCCUGACUCAGCCCUUGAAGCCGGUGGCUCUGUGCCUGGUCAACCAAAGCUUCUCUCAAGGCCCCUUGAGGAUUCAUUCCGCAGCAUUUCUUUCUCAAAGUCUCUUGAUCAUUCCACGGAGUUCAGUAGUGCGCGAUUUUCUGAUAUUGCUGGAGGAUCAACUAAUGAGGAAGAUGAUAACAAGGGGAAACCACUGGUCCUAAAGAACAAGGCUCCACGAUGGCAUGAACAACUGCAGUGCUGGUGUCUGAAUUUCCGAGGACGAGUGACAGUUGCAUCUGUCAAGAACUUCCAGUUGAUUGCUGCCACUCAACAACCUGCUGCUGCACCGACAACAUCUCAGCCAACAAGUCAAUCAGAUCAUGACAAAAUCAUCUUGCAAUUCGGGAAAGUAGGCAAAGAUAUGUUUACCAUGGACUACCGGUAUCCUCUAUCUGCAUUUCAGGCAUUUGCCAUCUGCUUGAGCAGCUUUGACACAAAAUUGGCUUGUGAAUAGAGCUAUAACAUUUUUACAUUUAGGGUGCCUAAAGUUAUUAACUGUAAUGCUUCUAUUCUGGAUUUGUUGUACUUCUUUUCACUAAUGAAAAUGGAGAUUGUCCCCCUAAAAUUACGCCAUGGCGUAAAAAUGCUUCCUGUGAAAAGUUGUAAAAGAAAUCUAUUUCUGAUCAAUGCGCAGGGCACCGACUACAUCACUGCCAUUUACAAGAA